CUCCUGCUUUUAGACCUGCCGCUAAGAAGUCGGAGCUGGAGCUCAUCUAAGUCUAGAUGGCAAACCAUUUUCAAGCUCUAGCCCUUCGGUGUCCAUGUCCGUGUUGUCAUCGUCCUCGGUCAUAUCGCUACCUAGCAAAACUUUCGUCACUAAUCACCACGAGCGACAUGAUUUCAAUCUAGAGCUGCUUACCGGUUUCAUUCCCACUACCGUUAUCAGCGCCGAUAACGAAGCUUUCUCCUUUCGCGUGGAUGAUGUCUUCGAUAACUACUUUCUGGAGAUAGUCAUUUUAAUACGGGCCUCGCUAGUAGCCACCGAGCUUUCAGCUUUAUUUUCGCAGUACCUUUGCUCGAUUGGUGUCAAACGAGUUGGAUUUGUUGUAGACCGCAGCUUAGCAGCAAGCAAAAAAUUACUCGAUGGGCCCUACUUCUCAUCGAACGAGGGUCUCUUUCGCCUUUGGAAGCUAUUCCCAGAUAGCCAAAGUGCUUUCGUAGCAUCGCUGUAUAUGAAUGCAUCGAUACCAGAAGCAGCACCCAAUCUUGCGAUCGCAGUGCCGUCUCAACUAUACUACCCACCAUCCGCAAACAAGCAUCUCAACGGACUGCGGGUCACUAUUAAAGACAACAUUAACAUUGCUAGAGUAAAGACCUUUACAUCUUCGAAGGCGUACGGCGAGCUGUAUGGGAGUGUAUCACAGUCCGCCCCAGCUAUUCAACGCUUACUUGAUCUUGGGGUUGUGAUUGUAGGGAAGACAGGCAUGAGCCAGUUCGCCGAUGCCGAGGAUCCCACCGGCGACUGUGUCGAUUUCCAUGCACCAUGGAAUCCACGUGGCGACGGUCUUCGCUCUCCUGGAGGCAGUAGCUUCGCUGGAAGAAGUGUCCGCGUCCCCGCAGCAAGUCAGUCCGUAUAUGGCUUCCGACCUUCCAGAGGGACCGUCAGUAUCGACAGUGUAGUGUUAAUCCACAACGAUUUAGAUAUCAUCGGCGUCUUAUCCAGGAAUUACCAUGUUCUAGAACUUGUGUCUCAACAUCUCUUUCAUACAACGCCAUCUAUCAUAGAGGACCAUGCCGAGGACACUCGUCCAACGCUUAUCUAUCCCACCCAUCUAUUUCCAAUCGAAGACAAAGCUGCUCAAAACAUGUACGACAAGACUGUCUCCGCUUUAAAAAAUACUGUUGAGCGUGAAGAGGGCCAAUACCAUGAAAAGGCCACCUUCCGAGCCGAAUACCAAGCAAAGUUUGGGCGCCAGCCCUACGUCAAUCCACUUGCACAAUUGAGGUGGAUAAAUAGAGCGCGAAUGCAACCUGAACACUUCAAAAGAUUCAUCGAUGGCAUAUUUGGUUCCCGUUCUUUUAUGGUGACUCCUUUCAAAUUCGGAGAGCCAGAGGCUCGGGAUAUUUUCCGUCUGGCUCCUGCCGAGAGAGUCCGUAAAGAGUUUAGUUGGGGUAUGCGGCCAGCGUUUCAAAGCCCAAUGGCUGGGCAGCCCGAAAUCGUGUUCCCAGUUAGCCAGCUUCCGGUGUUCUCACAGGCCAGCCACGUAAAGGAGAAGUAUGGCGUUAUUGCAUCUCUCCUGGGGUCAAGAGAUAUGGAUAUGGAAAUUCUUGAGACCGUCAAGUCCCAGGCUUACAAGAACCAGUUCUAUGCGGGUUCGUGCUUGAAUAUCACUCAGGCGGGUCCCUCUUGAAU